CAUCCGUUCCUAUUCUUUCUAUAUAACCUGCAUUCCAACAAACAUGUACUCCAUUGCUUGUAGCUAAUACAACAUUUGUUUUGGUUGUUCUCCUUAGCAUCAUCAUCAUCAUCAACUACCUUCAUUUACAAUAGACUCUUCCUCAAAGUUCCAGAACAGUAGUCCAUCUAUAUACAGUGUAUAUGCAUGAUUAUAUGAAUCAGAGGGUGGUUAGAGAUUGUACGCUUUUUAUAGGAAGUCUGCUGCAAUAAUUCCAUCAUAUAUAUCGCUCGGCUUCUGUUCGACCUUAUUCCUCACAGGCUUUGCUUUGAAGCUAGCUAUCUUCUCGAUCUGUUCGGUAUGGAUAUUUUCGACUGGGAUGAUGAGCCGUUUCAUGUCGGCGGCUCGAGUUCCACGACUACCGGAAUGGUUGGUCAGGCGCCGCCGCAGGUGGAGGCAUCGGCUCCGUUUGAUCCGAUAAAUAUGGUGUCGAACUGGAACUUGCCGGAGCGGCAAGAGGCCGCGGCGAGAUUGGCGGCGGAUUCUAUGGCUGCACGGGCUGGGGAAGUCGGUGGUCAGGGAUGGAGCGACGCCGCCUUAGACGAUGGUUCUGGAAUGUGUGGUUCCGGUCGAGAUGUACUGAACCGGGCCGGUUAUGUUUUGAAUGGCGGUUUAAUGGGAGAUUUUUGUAAUUUCCAAGCUAAGGCGCCGGCGGCUGGAUCUAUGGCUUCGUUUGAUUGCUUGCUGUCUGCGACGAAUAGCAACACCGACGCGUCGGCGGAGGACGACGAGAUUUCCAUGAUUUUCUCGGCGGACUGCAAGAGUUUAUGGAACUUCAAUACCGGCGGCAAUGCGGUUUCUUCCGGCGAAUCCGCCUGCCUUGAGGAGACCGUCGCCAAAACCGCCACAAUUUCGGACACUAUCAACUGUUCUAAUCUCCUAGGCAAGAGAAGAAACCCCGAUCCCUCCAAUUUCAAUCUCAUUCCAGAAAAUAUUCAACCGAAAUCGAAGAAAUCCAGGCAGGAGAACCCCCGCCCUAGUUCAUCCAACAUCAAUUUCCAGCAGCCAAGCUCGUCGGCGUCCUCGGUGGAGGAGCCGGACUCGGAGGCGAUAGCGCAGAUGAAGGAGAUGAUUUACCGUGCGGCGGCGUUCCGUCCGGUGAACUUCGGCGCGGAGGCGAUGGAGAAGCCGAAGAGGAAGAACGUGAGGAUAUCGACGGAUCCGCAAACGGUGGCGGCGCGGCAGCGACGGGAGAGGAUUAGCGAACGGAUUAGGGUUUUGCAACGACUGGUUCCGGGAGGGAGUAAAAUGGACACUGCAUCAAUGCUGGACGAAGCCGCGAACUAUCUCAAAUUUCUCAGGUCUCAAGUCAAAGCCUUGGAAGCAUUCGGCCAAAAGAUUGACUCUUCUUCUUCAUCACUCAAUUUUAACCAUUUUAUCCCUCCAUCUUUACCCUUCAAUAACUACUCUAUCCCCAUGCAACCCAAUCUCCCCCUCUUUAACCCUAAUCCAAUUCACCGCCCCAGAAGUUGACAUUAUAUUCCUCCAUUUCCCCAACCGAGUUUUAACCUCGAUCCAUCAUAUCAAAUUAGAGAAAAGAGAGAAGUGUAAAAUGUAUAAACAUUUCCAUGCAUGCAUCAAUCUUUACGAAGAUCUACUCAUGAUGAUACAUCUAUAAUUCUAUAAUCUACUUAAUUGUUAUAUAUAUUUGUACGAAAAAUAAGAUUCAUGUGUUGUUCAUCAUUAGAUCAUCAUGAUUUAAUCCUGGGAAAUCAUUAUUAAUUAUUCACUACAUCA